AUGGAGAUUGAGGAGCUAAGCAACUGCGAGGCACUGCCUUUGCUCUCUUUAAAUCAUGUGUCUUUGUUAUGCAGAUCGGUGUGGAAUUCUUUGAGGUUCUAUGAAGAAGUCUUGGGCUUUGUUGUCAUCAAACGCCCUUCUUCUUUCAACUUCAAUGGAGCCUGGUUGUAUAACUAUGGGAUCGGGAUACACUUGAUUGAAAGUCCAGCCAUGGAAGACUAUGAAUCUCGGCCAAUCAAUCCCAAGGACAACCACAUCUCCUUCCAAUGCACUGAUGUUGGACUUGUUAAGAGGAGGCUGCAAGAUAUGGGGAUGAGGUAUGUGACAGCCGUGGUGGAGGACGAUGGGGUCAAGGUCGACCAGGUGUUCUUCCAUGACCCAGACGGGUAUAUGGUCGAGCUCUGCAACUGCGAGAACAUCCCAAUCAUUCCCAUCUCUGCUUGUGCCUUCAAACCCAGAGGUAGUAGUUUCAAGAAGGCAUCGAUCAGUAAGUGCGGAUUCAUGGAAACUGUCAUGAUGGAAAGCUUAAGCCUGGACAUGAUGAACUUCUCAUUUUAA